GCAGCGUGCGGCAGCCUGCACGGUGCAUUCCCGGCGGGACCCUCAGACCUCGAGCAGCCGCUGUCCGCGCAGCCGCCAUCGCCGCGUCCGCCCGCAGCCCAGUGGCCAUGCGAGGAUACCGCGGCGUCAAGUACAUCCUGUUUGUUUUCUGCUACGUCUUCUGGGUUGUGAGCGCCGUUCUCAUUGCAGUGGGAAUCUACGCCAAGAUCGUCAAGGAGAAAGAUGUGGUGGACACGCUGACCGUGGACCCGGCGCUCCUCCUCAUCAUGGUGGGCUCGCUGAUGUUCAUCAUCACCUUCCUGGGAUGUUUGGGUGCCCUGCGGAACGCCACCUGCCUGCUGAAGACGUUUGCGGCCAUCCUGGCGGCGGUGCUUCUGGUGCAGCUGACAGCAGGAAUUCUGGGAUAUGUCUUCACUGACACGGUGAUGGAGCGGACGGAGCGCCUCAUGAUGAAGACCAUUGUCCGCUACCGGGAGGACCAGGACCUGGAGAACGCCAUCGACUUUGUCCAGAAGAAGUUCCAGUGCUGCGGCGUGGACAACUACAAGGACUGGUCCAAGAACGUCUACUUCGAGUGUUCCGACUCCAAUCCCAGUCUGGAAGCCUGCGGCGUGCCUUUCUCCUGCUGCGUCAUCCCCAGCAACCAGACGGUGCUGAACACCAUGUGCGGCCUGGGCACCCAGCGGCAAGAUCUCCGGUGGGCCUCCCGGGACGUCUUCACCGACGGCUGCCUGCCCAAGAUGGCGGCGUGGAUCCGGACCAAUAUGAAGAUGCUGGCCGGGAUGACGGGCGGGUUGCUGCUCCUGGAGGUGUGCGUGAUCGCCCUGGCUCUGGCUCAGGUGUGCUGGAUCAACAAAGUGCGGCGACGGAAGGCGGAGCUCGCCACCCGGAACGCGUCCCGGAAGAAGGACGAGCUGUGGCUUCCCGCCUUUGCUGACUUUGACCAAUGAGAGGCGACCCGGACUUAUCAGGUUCAUCCGGCAGUGACCCCUACAGGCUGGAGUCGUGAUGACACACCAGUCACAAAGCUGCUCAUAAACAAACAAAAAAAAAACAGCUAAUUUUUUAAGCUCACAAUGUCGAAACCUCAUGAUCACUUUUUGGCAGGCCGGCAUAGGUUGUUGUCCAAAGUGAGGCCCCGGGGGCCAUUUGUGUUUUUUAGUGGCCCACAACACAUUCUGCAGAUGAAAUUGUGUCCUUGGGCAAGACACUUUACCCACCUGCUCCCAGUGCCACCCACACUGGUUUAAAUGUAACUUAGAUAUUGGGUUUCACUAUGUAAAGCGCUUUGAGUCACUAGAGAAAAGCGCUAUAUAAAUAUAAUUCACUUCACAAAAAAAAUUCACAAAUAAACAUAAAAUAUUAUGCAAAAAAAAGGGGAGAGUCAACUAGGGUAUACUAAUACUAAUAUAGUUGGAGUUAAAGUGCCCAUAAUUGUCACACACACACUAGGUGUGGCGAAAUUAUUCUCUGCAUUUGACCCAUCACCUUUGAUUGGUGAGGGGAGCAGUGAGCAGCAUACUUGCCAACCUUGAGACCUCAGCUCAGAAUUAGGGAGAUAUUCAAAGGGUCAUAUAUAUAUA